UUAUUUAAGGUCUUCGUGCGGUGAAGGUUGAAAUCUAAAAUGAAGACAAAUAGGCGGGAAACCGUAUGUAAGAGCCGGGGUGUACUUAUAUAAAUUUCAAAAAAAAUGCAUGCUUUCCUGAAGACUGGGAAAUUGGGCGCUUCAACAGACGCGAAGAAACCAUCGACUUCUCGUGCUAAGGACGACAAGAAGGACUUGACACCAUGGGUGGAAAAAUAUCGACCAAGGAAUGUCGACGACAUCGUGGAGCAGACAGAGGUGGUGAAUGUGAUAAGGCAAGCCAUGGAGCGCGGAGACUUUCCUAAUAUGCUGUUUUAUGGCCCACCGGGUACUGGCAAAACCAGCAUUAUCCAUGCAGCUGCGAGGCAGAUGUUUGGUAGCAUGUACAAAGAUAGAAUACUGGAACUGAACGCCUCCGAUGAUCGAGGUAUCCAAGUUGUGAGGGAGAAGAUCAAGUCAUUUGCACUGCGCAGGGCUAAUCCUAUUGGACCAGAGUAACGGGAAAAAUGUCCCCCAUUUAAGAUUAUCAUAUUGGACGAAGCGGACAGUAUGACUGGCGCCGCGCAAACAGCUCUUCGUCGAAUUAUAGAAAAGGAGGCUCAUAGCACGCGCUUUUGCCUAGUAUGCAAUUAUUUAUCGAGAAUUAUCAAACCAAUAGCGUCGCGUUGCACCAAAUUCCGCUUCAAGCCGCUGAGUGAUGAGAAAAGUAUCAGCAGACUCGAGUAUAUAUGCAAUGAAGAGAAUCUGAAGGCCGAUAGAAGUGUUCUGGAGAAAAUCGUCGAAGCAUCGGGUGGCGAUUUGAGGCAGGCUGUUAUGUGUUUGCAAUCCAUCACUCGAUUGAAAGGCAAGGACUAUGAAAUCACCGUGGACGAUGCUCUCGAUGUGAUCGGACUGGUUCCUGAUGAUAAAAUUAAUACACUUUGGGAGACGUGUAAAAAGGGGAAUUAUAAUAAUGUCGCACAAUUGCUCGAAAAUUUGCUAUUCGAAGGAUACCCAGGUUCCCAGAUAAUCGAACAAUUAAACGAGAAAAUAAUUUUCUCUGAUGAACUUACUGACAAACAGAAAAUGAUAAUUGGUAAUGUGCUCGGGGAAUGCGAUUAUAAAUUAACGGAAGGAAGUGACGAAUAUCUGCAACUUUUACAUGUGUUUUCUACCAUCUUAGCAGCGUGGAAAUUAUGAAAAAGUUAUAAAAAUAUGCUCUUCUAAAUAUGUAAACAUUUAUAUUUAUAUUUCUAGAUGUACUGUGUAAGUAGAGAAUUUUACAUUUUUAAAAA